AUGGCUUCCGGUGCAGGAUAUGCGAUUGCUGGGGCUACAGCUGCAUCUGGACUCGCAAUAUUCGGUUCACUAAUCGCAGUCGGUCUUCUCAUCAAUGAAUUAAAUUCAGAUCGACUGGACUCGAGAAGAAAAUCUGAUUUCAGCGCUAAGGGCAUCCAAGUAGAUGCUUUCAAUAAACGAUCACGAAGGGUUGUCGAAUGUCCUGCAGGAUCACCUGGACGUCAGGGGAUAGUUGGAUCGCCAGGAGAACCAGGUCUAGCUGGUUUGCCAGGACGACCUGCCUUGUCCGCUGUUGCCGUUAUCCUAUCAUCUAUAACGGUAGAAGGAUGUAUUAAGUGCCCGAUUGGAGCACCCGGAUUACCUGGACCAGAUGGCCCUAUUGGCGAUAUUGGACCUAUCGGACAGCCUGGAGCACCCGGAACAACUGAUAAUGAUGAAUCAGGCCAAGCUGGACCACCUGGACCGCCAGGCGCACCAGGUCGGCGCAGUUGUUCAGAAGGAGGACCAAAAGGACCACCGGGUGCUACUGGGGCACCAGGACGUCCAGGAGAACCAGGAGCUGAUAGUGAACCAGGAGCGGCUGGUCCACAAGGAGCCACGGGACCGGUGGGAAAUGCAGGUUCACUGGGGGUGGUUGGAAAACGUGGAAAAUCCGGACUGGACGGGAUCUCAGGACCUGAUGCGCACUACUGUCCAUGUCCAGCAAACACUGGAGCUUUGAUCAGAAGAAGAAGUCAUCUUGCAUAA